AUGACGGCUGCUGACGGAGGCUCUCGCGACGCGCGCCAGGAAAGGCGGCGGAAGACGAGAAAGGGAACCCGCAGCUGCUGGGAGUGCAAGCGCCGCAAAAUCCGAUGCAUAUUCUCAUCCCCAAGCGAUGCCACGUGCAUCAGCUGCUCCCGCCGCUCCCGGGAAUGCGUUCGCCAAGAAUUCCCCGACCAGACGACGCCAGAGCGCAGCAGCAGGCUCGUUGGCGAUCGCUUCCUGCGCAUGGAGGCCAUGAUUGCCAAGCUAGCCAAGCAGCCUUUAUCUGAGACCAGCAGCGUCGAGUCGUUGGCCGUGUCUGGGAACGCAGGGGCAAGGCCCUCGCCCGGACCAGUGGAUGGACCUGCUAUACCAGGCUUCCUUGUAUAUGAGGACAGCUUCAGCACGCCUGCUUCGUCACCACACACUCCGCCUCACCCUCAGUUUGUCAUAGCCCCGACGCCAACUACGACCAACACAAAGGCCCGUGAAAUGUCGAGGAUCCUGCUGGCGGCCUAUCCUAACGAAACAUAUGUCCAGGUUCUCGUCGAUUCAAGCACGACGUUUUUGAACAACUACCUGACCAUGUUUCAUUCUUAUCGCGAUAUUGACGACUGGAUUGACCUUCCAGCUCAUGAGCGAAUGGACUACCAUUUGCUGCAUACCCGGCAGACCAUCGAUUCACACCCCGCCGUCAUCGCAGAGCAGAUGCUCGUCCUUGCUAAUGUCUUACAGCAAGCCCGGAGCGACACGCUGGCCAAGCUUAAGGCCCUCUCCGACGAGCCCCCCAAGGCUAUCAUGGCUCGCCUAGCCACCACUGCCAUGAGCAUCGUCGGCGCUAGCAACAUGAUGCUGGACACGAGCGAGGGCAUGACGUGUCUGAUUCUCGACAGCAUAUACCAAGCCAAUCAAGGAAAUUUGCGCCGCGUCUGGCUUGCCCACCGACACAUCGUUAGCAUUGCGCAAGGGCUAGGCAUCCACCGCCGUCCUUAUCGAGCGCUCAGCAUCAAAUCAAUUCAGUCGAGCUGCAUCCUGGAUCCUCGGUUCCUCUGGCACCGCAUUGUACACAUAGACCGCCUGUUCAGCCUCAUGCUAGGACUGCCACUUGCCUCGCCUGAUUCGUCCAUGAUGAAUGAACCAACCCUCAGCCAGGACACAGCCAUGGGUCAACUCGAACGCCGGCAUGCGUUUGCAGCUGGUCGGAUCCUAGAGCGGAAUGACCGUGAGCCCACCGCAGGGGACUUUGAGCUUACACAGAACAUCGAUGCAGAUCUGCAAAAGGCCGCCAACAACAUGCCGAGCUGGUGGUGGCUUGAACCAGCCUGGAAAGAUUCCCUUACCAGCACACAACGGUUCUGGGAGUCCCGGCGUCUGAUCAACCAGAUAUACCACUAUUAUUUAUUACACCAAACUCACUUACCCUAUAUGAUGAUCGGUUCGGCAGCCGACUCGAGUCGCUACGACUAUAGCCGCAAUACGUGCAUCAGUGCUAGCCGCGACAUCUUGACGCGGUGUCUGAAUAAUAUUUUCGAAGACGGGUUUCUCUCACACUGCCGACUCCUCGACUUCUUGGCCUUGAUGUCUUCUCUUACUCUGCUACUCAUGCAUCUCUACAUCAAGAGACACGGAGGCGGUCCUUGCCUAGCCCACCAGCGGCUGUCGGAUCGCGCCAUGAUCGAGCAGGUGUUGGAAGCCUUGGAAAGAGACGUACCAGCGGACGGUAGCGAGUCAAAGAACCCGGCGGCCAAGAUGAUCCGACAACUGUUGGCAAUAGAUACUGAUCUGGGCUUCCACUCUGACACCAAUACGCCUGACGAUACUGGUACCGGCACUGCCAGGUCUCAUGACGCGGAACCGAUACGGUUUUUUGUCCCCUGCUUCGGAGUAAUUACUAUCUCCAAAGACGGCCAGAUGGUUUUUGAGGGUGUCGACGCUGAAGACUCUAUGAGCAACGUUUCGCAGUUCCUAGGGCAGACAGGUAACACGGGUCCUACUGGGAGUGCAGCCGCCAGGCAUCAAGGAUCUGCUGCCUUCAGGACCCUGUCUAUUCCCUCUGCCAACGAGAACUAUAUGCCUGCGGCGUCGUCAUUGCCAACAGAGGAAGCUGAUCAAUGGGCGCUUCAAGGCGUUGAAUUUGCAUUUUUCGAGAGCUUGAUGCGAGAAAGUUCCGGGCAGAUAGGGGACUCUGUGGGGAGCAACCUGUGGGCAAGUGCUGCUGGGCUGUAG